CGUCCCCGUGCAGUUCCCAGCUCACUCCCGCCGCACUCACCACUCGCCACUCGUCACUGCAUCAAACCACUCGUCAAUCAUACAAACAAUAUGCAGUGCUUCAUUUGCGUAAUAUAUUUGGUAAUAUCCUGCAAGGCUCUGCCUUACGAAGACCGUGAAAUAUUACCAUUUGAAAAUAAUGCAACGGUUUCAUUGAAUAACAGUGUACCAAGUGAACUUUCCAAAGACAUGGACGCGGAGCCACAAUCAAAUGAUAAAGUUAAAAUAUCAGCACUUGCAGAUUCACCAAACCGCACGCAAACAAACGAAAGUGGAAAUAAUUUAGAGAGUGUUGACAAAAACAAAGUUAUUGAUGAAAAAAUAAUGAAGUCUCAAGAGGAACCUAAUGCAACAACAAUUAAGCCAACGAGUUCUUCAAAUGAUACAAUUUUCUCUGGAAUCAAUAAAGAAUACAUAAAGUACAUGAUAUCCGGAGCAAAAGAAACUGAUCAGCUCUUUAGACCGAUUAUAAAUGAAAUGGAGGACAUGAGUCAGAUCGGAGACACCGAUCGCCUGACCAUCAUCAAUCCAACAGUCAUUGUCAACUUCCGCGGCUCCAUAUGGAACAAAGAUAGUGAUAUAAAAUUAGCCCAUAAAAAGAAGGACAAAAGGAAACCUGAAAAUAAAUUUGACUAAUAUUUCGGCAUAAUCAAACAUGAAAGUAUGAAACGAAGACGUACUCCUUCGUAAAGCUUAAAGUAAUUUUUAUACUAUCAUUGCAGUGUGUUAAUAUAAAUAGUGAAUUAAUUA